AUAAAAUGGAGGGAGUAUAAUUUAGUGAUUUGUAAAAAAAAAAAAAAAGAUAUCUUUGAAAAUAGGCUUCAAAAGUGGGUAUUUAAAAAAAAGAGAGCAUAGUAAUCAGGAAAAAUGCUGCAAAUAUAAUUUGGGGUGGUUUAUGAUUAUGAAAAUAUGAAAUAUGAAAGAGGUAUCUGAGCCCAUUGUAAUUUGAUAGUACUAAAUCAAGAAAAAGGAAGCGGAACAAGUUAUAACCCUUUUUUCUUUGGGGCUUUUUGAGAUUUUGUUUCUUUCCACUGCAAUCUCCAUCUUCCUCGUUAGCUUCGAUUGAUUGAGGGUUUCUAUUCAUCCGAUGGAGCAAUCUCUUUCUCCUUCAGGUUCAGUUGAUUCGAAGGAUAUGCAUGGGCUUCUUGAAUCCAAUGCUUUAGAUUCUCCCAGUCCCAGUGUUAUCGAUAAAGAAGAAAACAUGGUGGAAUCAUCGGCUGAGAAAGUUGAUACGGUUCCUAGAUUUAUCCAGUUAGCUAAGGAGCUUCAGAGAUCUAUUCCAGUCGCAUGGAAUCAACACGGUAGCAUCACUGAGUUUGACAAAAAACAGUACAAUUUGGAGAACCCUCAAAUUCAGAAAAUAAUGGAGUGUCAGGAUCCGCAGAGCUCUCUAAAGGCUCUUUUUACGGUCUUACAAACUAGGAUUAGCAGCUUCCGCUUCACUUUACAAAUGAAAUGUAUUAAGAUUCUUCUGGAGGCUGAGGAAAAGGCCAAUGCGGUUGAUAGGGGAGAAAAAUGAAAAUUCCACUGCAUUGAGGGAGAGAAGAUCGAGUAAAGCUUUGGCAUGCAGUAAUUGACAGUAAAACUCCCAUUGAUGUGGCUUGAGAAGGACGCUUACCUCCGAGACCUUUGGAUGGAUCAAUAUAGUACUAUAACUAGAAUUUUUUUUUUUUUUUUUAUAAUAAAAAUUUGACAUUUGUUUGAGACCUUGGAGAGAUUGAUUGUGUAUUUGACUUGGUAACCUGAUCCCUCCUGACUUUUCAGUUUUUCUUUUUUUGUUUUUUUUCUUCCUAUGUUGUUUUCUAGUUUCAUCCUUACGCACCACAUAACCAUUCACUUGUUUGGUAGCA